GCAGCUGCCACUGUGGGUGACGCCGCGGUGAUCCGGAACGAUGCUGCGGCUCGUGCUCCUCGCCGCCCUCGCCCUCUGCGGGCUCUGCUUCGAGACGGGUCUCCAGCCGGGUCUCCAGCCGGGUCUCCAGCCGGGUCUCCAGCCGGGUCAGCAGCCGGGUCAGCAGCCGGGUCAGCAGCUGGGUCUCCCGCUGGGUAAGCGGCCAGAUCAGCAACCAGAUCAACAGCCAGGUCAGCGGCCGGGUCAGCAGCCAAAUGAGCAACCCGGUCAGCGGCCAAACCAGCAACCGGGUCAGCAACCGGGUCAGCGGCCAAAUCAGCAACCGGGUCAGCAACCGGGUCAGCGGCCAAAUCAGCAACCGGGUCAGCAGCCAAAUCAGCAACCGGGUCAGCAACCAGGUGAGCGGCCAAAUCAGCAACCGGGUCAGCAACCGGGUCAGCGGCCAAAUCAGCAGCCAAAUCAGCAACCGGGUCACCAGCUAGGUCAGCAACCGGGUCAGCAACCAGGUCAGCGGCCAAAUCAGCAACCGGGUCAGCAGCCGGGUCAGCGGCCAAACCAGCAACCGGGUCAGCAACCGGGUCAGCAACAGGGUCAGCGGCCAAACCAGCAACCAGGUCAGCAACCGGGUCAGCGGCCAAACCAGCAACCGGGUCAGCGGCCAAACCAGCAACCGGGUCAGCGGCCAAACCAGCAACCGGGUCAGCGGCCAAACCAGCAACCGGGUCAGCAACAGGGUCAGCGGCCAAACCAGCAACCGGGUCAGCAACCGGGUCAGCAACAGGGUCAGCGGCCAAAUCAGCAACCAGGUCAGCGGCCAAAUCAGCAACCAGGUCAGCAGCCAAAUCAGCAACCGGGUCAGCAACCAGAUCACCAGCUAGGUCAGCAGCCAAACCAGCAACCGGGUCAGCAGCCAAACCAGCAACCGGGUCAGCGGCCAAACCAGCAACCGGGUCAGCGGCCAAACCAGCAACCGGGUCAGCAGCCAAACCAGCAACCAGGUCAGCAGCCAAAUCAGCAACCGGGUCAGCGGCCAAACCAGCAACCAGGUCAGCAGCCAAAUCAGCAACCGGGUCAGCGGCCAAACCAGCAACCGGGUCAGCGGCCAAACCAGCAACCGGGUCAGCAGCCAAACCAGCAACCGGGUCAGCAGCCAAACCAGCAACCGGGUCAGCGGCCAAACCAGCAACCGGGUCAGCGGCCAAACCAGCAACCGGGUCAGCAGCCAAACCAGCAACCAGGUCAGCAGCCAAAUCAGCAACCGGGUCAGCGGCCAAACCAGCAACCAGGUCAGCAGCCAAAUCAGCAACCGGGUCAGCGGCCAAACCAGCAACCGGGUCAGCGGCCAAACCAGCAACCAGGUCAGCAACCAGGUCAGCAGCCAAAUCAGCAACCAGAUCAGCAGCCAAACCAGCAACCAGGUCAGCGGCCAAACCAGCAACCGGGUCAGCAACCGGGUCAGCGGCCAAACCAGCAACCGGGUCAGCAACCGGGUCAGCGGCCGGAUAACCAGCCAGGUCACCGGCCGGGUCAGCGGCCAGAUCAGCAACCGGAUCAGGAGCCGGAUGAGGAACCAGAUCAGGAUCCAGAUCAGGAGCCGGAUGAGGAGCCGGGUCAGCAGCCAAAUCAGCAGCCGGGUCAGCGCCCGGAUCAGCGGCCGGAUCACCAGCCAGGUCAGAGGCCAGGUCAGCAGCCGGGUCACCGGCCAGAUCAGCGACCGGAUCCGCGGCCGGAGCAGCAACCGGAUCACCAGUUAGGUCACCGGCCGGGUCAGCAGCCGGGUCACCGGCCAGGUCAGCAGCCAGGUCAGCGGCCAGAUCAGCAACCGGAUCAGGAGCCAGAUCAGGAGCCGGAUGAGAAACCAGAUCAGGAGCCAGAUCAGGAGCCAGAUGAGGAACCAGAUCAGGAGCCGGAUCAGGAGCCGGGUCAGCAGCCGGGUCAGCGCCCAGAUCAGCGGCCGGAUCACCAGCCAGGUCACCGGCCGGGUCAGCAACCGGGUCACCGGCCAGGUCAGCAGCCGGGUCACCGGCCAGAUCAGCGACCGGAUCAGCGGCCGGAGCAGCAACCGGAUCACCAGUUAGGUCACCGGCCGGGUCAGCAGCCGGGUCACCGGCCAGGUCAGCAGCCGGGUCAGCGGCCAGAUCAGCAACCGGAUCAGGAGCCAGAUCAGGAGCCAGAUGAGAAACCAGAUCAGGAGCCAGAUCAGGAGCCAGAUGAGGAACCAGAUCAGGAGCCGGAUCAGGAGCCGGGUCAGCAGCCAAAUCAGCAGCCGGGUCAGCGCCCAGAUCAGCGGCCGGAUCACCAGCCAGGUCACCGGCCGGGUCAGCAACCGGGUCACCGGCCAGGUCAGCAGCCGGGUCAGCGGCCAGAUCAGGAGCCGGAUGAGGAGCCAGGUCAGCAACCAGGUCAGCAGCCAAAUCAACAGCCAGGUCAGCGCCCAGAUCACCAGCUAGGUCACCAGCCGGGUCAGCAACCGGGUCAACGGCCAAACCAGCAACCGGGUCAGCAACCAGGUCAGCAGCCAAAUCAGCAGCCAGGUCAGCGGCCAAAUCAGCAACCAGGUCAGCAGCCGGGUCAGGAGCCAGAUCAGCAACCGGAUCAGGAGCCAGGCCAGGAGCCAGGUGAGCAGCCGGAUCAGCGCCCAGAUCAGCGGCCAGAUCACCGGCCAGGUCAGGAGCCAGGUCACCGCCCAGGUCACCAGCCAGGUCACCGCCCAGGUCACCGGCCAGGUCAGCAGCCAGGUGAGCAGCCGGAUCAGGAGCCAGGCCAGGAGCCAGGUGAGCAGCCGGAUCAGCGGCCAGGUCACCAGCCAGGUCACCGGCCAGAUCACCGGCCAGGUCAGCGACCAGAUCAGCAACCAGGUCAGCAGCCGGAUGAGGAGCCAGAUCAGCAGCCGGAUGAGGAGCCGGAUCAGGAGCCGGAUCAGGAGCUGGGUCUCCGCGGGACACAGCGGGUGGUCGGCGGCACCGAGGCGCGUUCGCACGCGUGGCCAUCCCAGAUCUCCCUGCAGUAUUACUCCAGCGGUGGGUGGCAUCACACCUGCGGCGGGUCCCUCAUCAAGAGAAACUGGGUGCUGACGGCGGCCCAUUGUGUGGAUCAGAACCUGCAGUUCCGCGUGGUGGCCGGUGACCACAACCUCUACACGAACGAGGGCAGCGAGCAGGUGUUCAGCGUGAGCAAGAUCAUCAUCCACCCCAGCUGGAACAGCAACAACGUGGCGGCGGGCUACGACAUCGCGCUGCUGCGCCUGGCCAGCUCCGCCACCCUCAACAGCUCGGUGCAGCUGGCAGUGCUGCCCGAGGCGGGUUACAUCCUGCCCAACGGCAACCCCUGCUACAUCACGGGCUGGGGGCUCACCCGCACCAACGGGCAAAUCUCCAGCGUCCUGCAGCAGGCCUACCUGCCCGUGGUGGGCCACCAGAUCUGCUCCAGCAUCUCCUACUGGAGCUCCACCGUCAAGACCACCAUGGUCUGCGCCGGCGGUGACGGCAUCCGCUCUGGCUGCCAGGGUGACUCGGGCGGUCCGCUCCACUGCGAGGUGAACGGGCAGUACCAGGUCCAUGGCGUCGCCAGCUUCGUGUCCGCGCUGGGCUGCAACGUCAAGAACAAACCCACCGUCUUCACCCGCGUCUCCGCCUACAACUCCUGGAUCAACAGCGUGCUGGCCCAGAACUGAGCGCUGCCAGGAGACCCCAGUGCCCCCCCCUCCAUGUUUCCUUUUUGGGCUUAAAACCUCCAAAUAGCAUCAAUAAAAUCUGUUCCUCUC